CUGAGAAUGAAAACGCGUUGACUCUCGACUUGGCAGACAUCUCAUCGACCGACACCUUUCUUUUCACAAUCGCUCACGUCGACUGGACCCUCAAAAGGCCAUUGCUUUGCUACUAUCCAUGCAACCACGCACACUCCUCUCUACCUAAAUCGAGUCAUUCUCGUGACAAACCGCAAAGGUUUCAGGUCGCCCAGAUUCAAGCGAGAACAAGCGGUCAGUUCGCUGUGGUAUACUUCCACCACUGGUUUUCCUCUGUUGUCUUCCUGUUGGUCAACAGCGUCGCGGUCGCAACCGUGUUAGGCGGCAUUAGCUACCGCCCUGCGUUUCCGAGAGUCAACCAUCAUCGGCCUCCCUGCCUCUCGUGUUCUCCAUCAAGACCGACUCAACGGACAGCCAAUGAUCACUUAGCCAAUUGACAGAAAGCCGGGAGGUUCAGGAUGGCAGUCUUUCCACAAUUCGGGCCGGACCCCAGCAUUACAUUGCUACAGCAAUGCCAGUUCAUCAUCAGCCGAAUUGCCCUUAUUCUUGAUGAGCUUGCGCGGCUCAAGUCAGCCCUUAGAGGACGUCCACCGUCAGGCCACAAGCUCCUGCCGUGGAACCAGGCUGUCCCCGGACUUGGUGCCUUCGAACGACUGAUCCUAUCUGAGAAGAAGCACAUCGAGAAGAUGGUGCAGUCGUAUGACGUCGGAGCCGACGAGCAGGUGGACCUUACGACGCUCGACAGUAGGGUCCGUCUGAGGCUGGAUGCGUCUAAUUACAAGUUCUACGAGACGGUGUGGGAAGUCACCAAGCGCUGCUGCGAUCUCACGCGGAUGCAGAAGGAGCUGUCGUACAAGGCGGAGAGCGGAAAGAGUAUCAGCGCGGUGGUCGACCUUGUCGUCAACGGCGGCGCCGAUUGGAUCAAGGUUGUCACGACGACACAGCGGAGGAUGUUUUACGAGAUGACCGAUGCUGGGUGGGAUUGGGACGAGGACUUUUCAGACGAAGGCGCCACCGCCGACGAGGCGAUGCUAGCGAUCCUCCAAGACGAGACGGAGGACAGCAUCGAGGUCGCCAGGGUCGCGAGGCACAUGUUGGCCGCGGCGCGGACGUCGUACGAGGGUUAUCGCCGGCCGCGGGUGCGCAUCCUCAUGACGCGCAUCUCGGAGGGCGAGAACGCCGCGGUCGACCACCUGCUCCGCCUCGUGCGGAAGAUGGGCGGCGACGGCGUCGAGCUCAUCGUCGAGACAGCCAACAGGCCAGGGGAGGAAGGCGGAGGGAUCCUCGCGCGUCCGUCGCCGCCGCUCGACGAAGCCGUCGCGAACCUUGUCCGCGCGGAUCCCUUUGGGGACUUCUCUGGCACGCUCAACGUCGAUUGCUCCGUCUUCAUGGCGCUGGCGUCGGACUUUAGCCAUACGGCCAUCGGCCCAGGGUCGGAGCUACUGCGGUCGGAGCAGCACCGCAUCGACGCGGCGGACGAGGUGGAAAACGGACCGAGGCUCGCGACGACGCUGUACCCGGCGCUCGCCGGGAGGGGGCUCGUUUGUACGCGGGAGGCGGCGGACACGUUUCUCAAGAUCGUGUACCUGAUCGGGACGGAUUCGGAACAGGCGCGGACGAGGGUCAUCUUUGGCAACCAGGGGGAGGAGGGUGAUGGCACACGCACGCCCGAGGCCGUCGAGGAGGACCGCAGACGCCGCAUCGACGCCCUGCGGAAGCUCUCGGCCCACCCUGUCCCUGACGACCUGCGGCUCCCCGUCGACGUGGUGGGCGGCGUCUCGUGGGACGACGCGCGGCGGAUGGCCUCGCUCGGCGAGCUGCCUCAGGCCGCGCUGGCGGUCGGGCGGAAGGGGUCCGGGCUGAACGCGACGGCGGCGAGCUCGUUCCUGUACGGGUGGGCGAGCGGGCUGACGACGGUGACGUCCAACUGGGAGGCGGCCAAGAGGCUGCGGACAGCGGUCGAGGCGGGCUGCGUCGACGGGGCCGAGGUCGGGCCGCAUGUCUGGCGGAUCCCGUUCUCGAGGAAGCUGCUCGCCAGGCCGAAGGGCCCGAGAGGUGGUGGUGGUGGUGGUGAUGGGGAUGGGGAUGGCCGCGGGGACAAGGGCGACCAGAGUGUCAAGGGGGGACGGGUGAAGGGCCGGCAGGAGAGGAGGGUCGAGAAGGAGAAGUCGCUGCAGAGCUGGAUCACCUCGGAGGAGACGACGGAUGUGAAGAGGGAGAAGAAGCCGGGAGACGCUGACGACGAAUGAGGAGUGAGUCGGACUGGUCUUAUGAACUCUGUUGUACGUACGAUCCCCGGCGUCUAUCAAGAUCAUCUACGACCCCAAAGAACCCCCUC